AUGUCCAACCGACAUCUCUUCUCCACGCUCGACGGGCUCGUGCCCAAGGCCCUCCGCGGCAUCGUCGCCAGCAACCCGCGGCUCAACCUCGACGAGACCAACCGCGUCGUCUUCGACCCGGCCUCGCCGCCCUCCCAGGUCAGCAUCAUCAGCGGCGGCGGCUCCGGCCAUGAGCCAGCAUGGUCGGGCUACGUGGGCACAAACAUGCUCGCGGCGUCGGUGGCGGGCGACGUGUUCGCGUCGCCGAGCACCAAGCAGAUCCUGGCCGCGGUCGAGGCCGUUCCCUCGGACAAGGGCACGCUGCUCGUCAUCACCAACUACACGGGCGACUGCCUGCAUUUUGGGCUCGCGGCCGAGAAGACCAAGGCCAAAGGCAAGGCCUGCCGCAUGCUGAUCUGCGGCGAUGACGUCUCUAUCGGCAAAAAGGGCGGGUCAUUGGUCGGUCGGCGCGGCCUAGCCGGCCAGAUUGGUGUGCUCAAGGUUCUCGGGGCAGCGGCUUCCCAGGGCGCGUCGCUUGACGAGCUCUACGACCUCGGGACCGCCAUCAACGGCCAGAUCGUCAGCAUCGCUGCGACCCUGGAUCAUUGCCAUGUCCCGGGCCGGACCGAGCACGGUACGUUGGAGGCUAACGAGGUGGAGAUCGGGACAGGGCCGCACAACGAGCCGGGGUACAGGAAGCUCUCCCCCGCGCCCACCGCAGAAGGGCUGGUGAACGAGAUUCUCAAGUACUGCCUGGACGAGACGGAUCCCGAGCGAGGCUACGUCAACUUCAAGCCCGGGGACGAGACAGCGCUGCUCGUCAGCAACUUCGGCGGCAUGUCGAACCUGGAGCUCGGCGGGCUGGUCGACGAGCUUCUCCAACAACUACUCAAGGACUGGAACAUGCAGCCUGUCCGGGUGUACGCUGGCUGCCUGGAAACCUCGCUCAACGCGCCGGCCUUCUCCGUCUCCGUCAUCAACCUCUCCGGCAUCGCCUCCAACACCCCCUACUCCGUCGAACAAAUCAAGGGCUUCUUCGACCUCAAAACCGACACCGCCUGGGAAGCCGUCGCCGGGAGCCAGAACGACCCGCGCCGCCGCCCGCGCGCCGAGCAACUCGUCCCGCCACCCCCGGAGGAAAAGAAAACCAUCGACGACACGCGCGACCUGAAAGUCGACCCCGCGCUGCUGGAGCGCAUGCUGCGAGGCGCGGCCGAGGCGCUCAUCGCCGCGGAGCCGGACCUCACCAAGUGGGACACGGUCAUGGGCGACGGCGACUGCGGGCUGACGCUCGAGACGGGCGCCAAGGCCCUCCUCGACGCCCUCAACACCCGGCACAUCGCCGCGCGCGGGUCCGUCGUCGAGGUGCUCACCGAGCUCGAGGACAUCCUCGAGGGCAAGAUGGGCGGCACCCUGGGCGGCAUCCUGGGCAUCUUCUUCGUGUCGCUGCGCACCGCGGCGCAGGAGCACAUCGCACAGCAACAACAACAACAACAACAACAACACCAACAAACAACAACAGAAGGCGGCGAUGGUGCGGUGGCGGUCUGGGCCAAGGCGCUGACGCUGGCGGUGGGCCACCUGGCGCACUACACGCCGGCCAAGGUGGGCGACCGGACGGUGAUGGACACCAUCAUCCCGUUCGCCGAGGCCAUGCAGGCGACGCAGAGCUUUGCCGAGGGCGUGGCGGCCGCGGUGAGGGGCGCCGAGGGCACCAAGACGCUGAAGCCGAGACUGGGGCGCGCGACCUACGUGGGCGCGGGCGCCGAGGGCAAGGAGUUGCCCCCCGAUCCCGGCGCGUGGGGGGCCAUGGUGGUGAUUCGGGGGCUGCAUGCGUCGAUGUAA